ACAAAACCCUAAUUCCUUUAACCACUCUCCACCCUAACCCACUUCUUCAAUCUAUCCUUUGCAACCCUAAUAUCAAAUGGAGAUGAUGCCUAUCAUGAUGGACCUUGAAGAACACUUUCCUCUUCCUCUUUCUGAGUCACCACUCAUGGAAUUACCCACCAACAACCAUCCCAUACCACCACCACCACCACCACAAUCACAAGUUAAUGUUAAUUACCGUUGUCCACCUCCUUUAGUUAUGCAGUCCCAACAGUUGAGGACAUUAGGGACAUGGUUUCAGCAGAAACCAGAGUCGGUGGAGGCGAUGAGAGAGAUGAUAUUCCGGAUGGCGGUGUUGCAGCCGGUGCAGAUAGACCCGGAGUCCAUUAAAGCGCCGAAAAGGCGUAACGUGAAGAUAUCGACAGAUCCACAGAGCGUGGCAGCGCGGCACAGGAGGGAGAGGAUCAGUGAAAGGAUUAGGAUACUUCAGAGAUUAGUUCCCGGAGGUACUAAAAUGGACACUGCUUCUAUGUUGGAUGAGGCUGCUCAUUACAUGAAGUUCUUGAAAAAACAAGUGCAAACCUUGGAACAAGCUGCGGCAGCUGGUGGCGGUCGUAUGCCGCCACCGCCUCCGGGGUUUAACGUUGUUGGGUGCUACCCCUCCGGCACCACCACUAUGAGCCACCAUGGUGGUAAUAGUCAGUCUCAUUUGGUAGGCUCUAUGGACUUGCUUAGGUGAUUUUUUAUCUUCCUUUUUUGGGGUUUGUGAGGAUGGAGGGUAGUUUAGUAAUUUGAUAUGUGAUUUUAUGUUACAAAAAUGAUGUUUAGGUUUAACUAUGCUAUAUAUUGUAGUGUGGUUUGGAU